GUUUGAAAAUUGUUUAAAAAAUAUUUAGGUAAAAUUUUCAGUUAUUCUAAACGUUUUCCAUAAUAUGCGUUUUUUUAAGUAAAGUACAGUAAAACAAUAUUAAAAUAGGCUCAUAAAACGAUGGAUAACAACGGCUUAAAUGAAGAUACUUCGAAGAAUACUGCAAACAAAAGUUGCGAUGAAACUUCAGAAAAUUUUCAACAAUUUAUUUACGACCUAUUCGAGAAGAACGGAAUCCUUAAUGAUUUACGUGCCUACUUAAGGAGCCAAAUAGUGAAUGUUUUAAAAAGCGCUAGUUCUGGAGAUCCAAGCCCAUGUCUCAAAAACUUUGCUCAGCGCUUGGAACCUACUUACCAAGCUAUUAACAUAUUAAUUGCUGAAUAUUUCAUGAAACUGGACUUGAGCUACACUUUAUCCAUAUUUGUCUCUGAGAUACCACUAGCGAAUAUGUUUUUUGACUUUGCAAAGUCGUUACUUAAAAGCAGCGAAACAUUUGAUUUCAAAGUCAGUCUCGAAGAAAAGGAUGUAUGGGCAGUACUGAACUAUCUAGGUGUGAAAUGUGAUUCCAGUUAUACCAACAAGCUGUUGAGCAUGUACAAGUCAAAUGAUCUCCCGUUGUUGGAGUGUAUUUUUAAAUGUGUUCCAAUGGUUGACAACACACUUCCAUACUUGGAGAAUGAUAAAACCUCUGAAGAAUACAUUCUAUCUAGUGACAAAAGUGCAGAUAUUAUAGAUGAGAAACACAGGGGGCAUUCAGAAAGAUAUUCGCACAGGCAUUGCAAGCACUAUUCGAUUUGCAAGACGUGUCACAGCAAAAUGUAUCGCCUUAAAGAAAAACUUAAACGAAAGCAGCGACAUUUUGUUGAGAGAGAAAAAUCCAGUGAUCAUUCGCCAGACGUGAGUUCUCUCAUGAAAAAUGUCAGCGUCAUUGAAAAAGGAAUUAUCAAUGAGAUGUUUGAACAAUUGAAAACGGUUUAUGAAGCAGAAGUGGAGAUGAUUAGAGACGAACACCAAAAUAGAUUGCUGGAAUCGGUGAACAGUCAUGCUGCGGAAAUAGAGAAGCAAAGGGACGAGUUAGAGGAGUCAUACAAAGCUAGAGAAGCAGAGCUGCUUAAAAACGUAGAAGAAAAAAAGAGAUUCCUGUGGGGCUUGGCGAAGUCGCUAAGGCAACAACACGAGCACGUUGCAAGAGCGAUGCAAGAAAUUAGUGACGAGACGCAGAGGCUCACAGUUCAGGAGCAAAGUAUCAAAAAACAAAUGCAAGACGCCGAAGAAUUAUUAGUGAGACGCGGAGAGGAAAUGCGACAGCAAAUAACACAAGAGCUUCAAGUAAUGGAAUUGAACCUGCUCACCUUGAAGAAGGAACGAGACACGUUAACCACUGAGAAACUGGAGUUGGAACAGCUCAAGAUGAACAAUACCAACUUAAAUAAUCCCGAUUUGGAAGAUUUGAAGAAAGAUUACGAGUUGUUGAAAGAAGAAUUGAGGAUGCUGAAGAAGUACUUGGAGGUGGUUAAUAUGUGCCCCAAGUGUAGGAAAGGAACCGAUGAUGAGUCCAGUGACGCCAAUUGUGUGGUGAACAAUUUGGUGAUGAAUAGUGAUUGUGUCAAGGACAGGGUGAUCGUUUCAUCAGCUAGGCUUAACAAUGACUUGAAGGUGCAGAAAAAUGUCAACUUCAACUUGUCCCAAGAAGAGGUGUACCGUGAGAAGAAUAAUCACGGUCAUUCAACGUCGUCGCUACACGCCCGUGAUCGUCACGGUCAAGGUUGUGACCGCGACGAGUGUGACCACGAUUGCUGCCAGAUACGGCAUCUGAAGGAAGAAAAUGAACAAUUGAAAGUUUUGGCAAGACAGCAAAGCGAUCACAUAGCUUGUCUGCGACGGCAACAAACCCGGCCACAAUCUGCACCCAUACACACUACGUACGAAUUUGGCAGAUUGAACACGUGUCUAAGUAGAGGCAACUCUGUGAACCCGUGCGGUGGCGGGGAGCAAUUGAACGCGUUCCUGAUGGCCCGGCCUCUCGUUCUGUUACCGAGCGAUACGGUGCCGUUCAUUGGACCCAUGCGGGACAGACCGGCCAAGACAAAACACGUGAACCAUUGGCAUAGCUUACGAGAACGGGACAUAGCGACCAAAGUGGUUCCUUCGCGGGACUCCCAGCGAUCAGAUAUGCAUACCGGUGACCCAGUGAGUACAAGUCGUGAUGCUCGUUAUGAAGAUGACGCAAGCGGAGAGAGAGAGUAUGUAUUGCCUGGUGCGUACAACAAGAAGCCUACGCGUAUAGCGGAAUACAAAAGUCGAGAUAAGAGUCCCAAGUCUGUACUGAAAGAGGCGAAAGAUAAACUAAGACAUAAGAACAUUGCCAAGGAUCUUCCAGCAGUCCACCAUAGAGAUCAGGGUCCGAGCAACGCGCUGCGAGAAGCCAAACUCCGGCUUCGGAAACUGGAGAUAGAGGCCGAGGCUGUUCACAACUCGUACCAGGAGUUCAAGAGACGGCAGGAGGAGAGACGCUGUCAGAACGAUGAGAGCGUCUCCAAUAUAGGUACAAAAAUAAGCACAUCGCUAACUGAGUUGGAACAAUCUAGGCGAAUUGUUGAUGUGCAAAAAAAUUUGAAAGAACAUCACGAUAUAAUAAAACGCGAUUUUAAUAAAUACUUACGGAACUACAAAACCAAGUUUGAUAUACCUUCGUUUAAAAAUAAGAACGGGAUAUCCGAACUGAUUCACCCCAUACCAAAAUCAUUCACAGAUUUUGAUAAAAAUGAAAGUAAUACGCAAAUACAUGUUAAUUACUUAGAAACUCCAUUAAUAGAGUUUAGAAAAUUGUACCAUGCGGAUAAAAAUAGAGAGAAAACGAAAAAUGAUUUUAAAGAAAGUAUCUACGAUACAUAUCAAACUGUCGACGAGAUAUGCAAUGAAAGUAAUGAUAAGAUAACUAAACUUGAAGAGUUAAAGGAUAAUUUGAGAAAGACUUAUACAUUUAGUAGUCCCACGUUGAUCCAAAAUGUUGAGACAAGUACCCCACAUAGUGAACUGGAUGCACAAAAAGUCAAUAUAUGCGUCGUUGAAGAGAAAAAUGAAGAAUAUACAAAAGAAACAAACGAUUUAAAACCAAGAACAGAAGAAAAUCUUUUGAGAGUUGAUAUAGAAAAUGUAUGCGAAACGAAUAGCGUUACAGUGAGUCCGAAAGAGGACCUUGUUGUGAUGGUAGAAGGUUCUAUAGAUAGCAAAGACAUAUUGGAGAGUGAUGACGAUAAGAAAAUUUCUACACAAAUGACUAUAUUCCUGAGCCCGAAAAUAAAGAAUGAUUCUAAUGAUUUGCAUAGUGAUGUUCAUAAGGUGACAGAUAAAGAAACAAUAGAUGCAAUAUUUCAUGCAAAUACUGAAGAAGUGUCUAGUGUUGAUAUGCAGUUAAAUUUAUCUAAAGUUGACGUGAACGAUGACAAAGCUGAAGAGGAUUAUCCAGACGAUUUUUCAGCCGACGUCGAUAAUUACAACAGCCCAUCUGAAUAUGAACAAAAUUCGCCGAUAUCGUUUGCUAAAUACUCUGAGGAUAACCUUUGGGACUGAUAUAUUAUUACUUUUAGUGAUAGAUGUUCCAUAUUGUCUGGUAACUUUAAAUAAAAUUAAAAAAAAAGC